UGUGCCCACAUUCAUAGUCGUUGUCAAUCGAGUAUUAACAAGUGAUGACUACAUAAUACUUGUGCAUUAUUAUUAAUAGUUAUUAUUGUUCUCUAUUUACUUGUUAUUUAUUAUUAAUUAUUAACAAAAAAUAACAAAUGAAACCGUGUGCUGUUUUACGUUGUAAGGGGAAGGGAACUCAUAUAUUUCCUCGUAACCAUAAAAUCCGUAUAUUAUGGGAACGAGCAACCGGUCGAAUGAAUUUUAAAGCAGGAAAACACUCUAGAGUCUGUGCAUCUCACUUCAAGCCAGAAGAUUUUAAUGGUGCUUUAAGACUCAGACGACGAUUAAAAAAAUGUGCUGUUCCAAGUGUUAAUCUACCUGUUAUACAAAAUGAUGAACAACCAAUUUUUGAAGAGACAAGCGUAAAUUUUUGCACUGAACCAAAAUCAAUACCUAACUUUUCAGUUUCAAUAAGCAUGAAUGCUUGUGACGUUAGCGGAGGGAAUAUCGCAAUGAAAAUUGAAGAAAGUUCUGAGUGCCGCGCUUGUCUCCAAGUAUUUGGAGCUGGCUCUAGAUUAAUCAAUUUAUUUCAACCCUGGAAUCCUAAAUUAGAAAACAUGGGAGAGACUAUUGCCGAAGACUUAUCAAAAAUUGCAAAUAUACAGAUAUCAGAAUUAGAUACACAUUCCACGGUAAUAUGUCAAAUUUGUUUUGAAAGGCUCCGAGAGGCGUGUAUAUUUACAGCACUGGUACGAAAUAGUGAUUGCUUACUCAGGCAACGAGUAUCAUUAGAUAGUAGUAUGAAUCAAAUAUGGCCAAAACCUAUACAAGUAGAAAAAAAUAUUAAUGGACAAAUUUAUGGGACAAAUGUAGAAAUCAAACAAGAAGUGCUGUCUGAAGAUGAGCAGCCAGACACAAAUGGAUUAGAUGAAAGUUAUAGAGACUAUCUUGAUAUAAAAAUUGAGCCCGAAGAAAUAAUUGAAAUGAGACCAACACAAACUAUUGUAAAUGGAUUAAUACCUACAAGCAAUAGUGUAGAACAUUCUCGAUUACUGAAUGGAAAUGCUAAUGAAGAUGAAUACAGAGAAGGAGACAGUCUUGAGACAACAAUAAAAGAGGAACCUCCUAGUGACGAUGAAGAACUAAACGUUGACUCUGUAGAUCUACCAUUAGAAUGUAUGCUAUGUACAAAAUCCUUUCACAGUUUAUCUGGACUUAAGGUACAUGUCAUUACCCAACAUUCCUACAAGAGUGUGAAGAGGAAGUGUAGCAAUAGCCCAUCACCGAAAAAAAUGGACAACAACAGGCACCACUGUACAAUAUGCCAGAGAAAUUUCCAGACUUCAACUGAUCUCUUAGUGCACGAGACAUGUCAUAAUAAACAUGUAUGUUAUGGGUGUAAUUCCAAGUUUGAUGUUCCACUGAAAAAAAACACUUUCAAUUACAAAACCAAUUAUUUUAAUGAAACACAGAAAGAACUUUACAGGUCUAAAAAUAGAAAAUCUGAAGACAAUGAAGAAGAAGAAGAGGAGCAUACAAACUCGUUGCAAUGUAAACUUUGCAACGAAACCUUCACGGAUGAUUACUACAUGAACAUACACCAAGAAAUACACCAUUCAGCCACAAGUCAGUGGACAGCGCCAGUUGACACACCCACAAGCAUGGAGAGUGAAGUCCUGAAUACUAGUAUUACUGAACACAAUUAGUGAUCAGCAGGACCGUAGCUAAGGGUGGGGGGGCAUUAAGAGGGAAAGAUAUACCUUAAAAGGCUCUAAGAAAUAUAUGGCUUCUGCCCUACCUUAAACUUGGGUCUCGUUACGGCCCCUGGUGUUCAGUAAAGUUCGUUUUGAUUCGACUUAUGCUUAAAUGACGCGUGUAAAGUAAACCUUAUUACAUUCUCCUAAAGUUUACUUUAAUCAAAUCAUAUAUGAAGCACUCAUACAUACCAAAAUUGUACUCGAAAAUCAUAUAGCCCACCGCUAAGUUAUUUAUGAAGAAUAAUUAUAUUCCAGACACCAUCUGGCCUUUUACCAAAGGGAGACUUUGUACAAAAGUCGAUUGUUCGGGUACCUCUGUCCCAUUCGUGUUUCUACCGUGAAGCAGUUGUGUUUGCAUGGCUGUGUUUCGGUUUGAAGGAUGGAAUAUGGCGUGAAUUUACAGGGUACAGAGGAAUAACACCUGAGUCCUCAGGAAUGGCAACGCAUGGGAAGUAUCAUGGGCGAAACAGUACACUCUGUUAUGUCCAUGGUACUGCUCAUGUCUAUAGGUUGUUACCACUUUCCAUCAGGUGGGCCGUCAGCUUGUUUGCCAUUCUAAGUUGUAUAAAACAAAAAUGUAAAUUCCGUUGCAAUGAGGGAGUACAAAUUAUUUCUAUAUAUGUAUUUAAACCUAUAACGAAUAAAAACACCAACGCUUUGUACCGAUGCAGCAAAAGAAUAAUGGCUUUCGUGCGUUAUGUUACCAGCCUUUGAUUGUCCAUUACUAAACAUAACCCUCUCCCUUGGUGGGUUUUGCAAGUAGUUACCACGCUUGGCAGGCGGAUUGGCAACCGCAGUUAGGCUUUGGAGAUGUUUUACGAGGGAUGCUACUGCCCAUCCCUCGUCCUCCUUUACCCGUCUCUGACAACACCCAUGGGAAAGGAAUGGGUGGCCUAUUCUAUACCGAGACCACUCGGCAUCGUGCGUCAUACUGUAUUGUAAUUAUUUAUGGCGGCUCACGUUUUAAAUUCGGAGAAGUAUCGAACUCAAUAGAAGCCCUUAUUCAUGAGCGCGAUUCACAUGUGUGUCACGAACAGCAUCACGCAACCAGCGUGCUGUUUGUCGAACUGCGCGCGUGCAGUCGACGGAGGCGGUAGUGGUGGAUGUGGCCAAUAGACUUACCAAACGUAAUAUACCCAAAAGUAUUUAUGGAUGGCUAAAGACCGCACGGCUUGACAAUGACGAAAGUGACAUCCUCAUGUGGUCACGACUCCACUGAAGGUGACCUCGAUAAAGAGAUGAGAGAAUAUAUUUAAAUUCAAGUGAUAGUAAGAAAUGAAAGCAUGUCAGUUAGCCCAUUGUCACCAAUUCCUCAAGAAUUAACCACGAUGGUUUCCAGGAGGAACCGCGUGAAGGUCGACCUGAUAGGGUAUAUUGCAAACAAUGGGAUUAUUAGACCCCAUUACUAACAAUCCCUUCCCCCCAACCUGAUAGAGUAUGUUGCUAGCAAUAGGGACUUCCUUACCAACAAUCACUUGUAUUUGGCUUUGCCUACCCCAGAAUUUGAGCAACCUUUCAGCUAUACAUAAAGAUAUGUUUGAAAGUUCAGGAUCCGCCUUUUUGAGGAGGCCAGUUCUGGAAUACCAUUUCAGCCGUUAACUGUCCAUUGCUGAACAUAAACUUCCUUCUAUUGGGGGGUUUUGCCAGUAGUUGCCAUGCUUGGCAGGCAGUUUGGCAACCACAGUUAGACUUCGGUGAUAUUUUAAGAAGAACGUUGCUGCUCCCUCGACUAUUAAGUUACCUUACUCGCUUGUUACGACACCCACGGAAAAAAGGAAGGGGUUAUUCUAUGCCGAAACCAUACAGCAGCCCUGGAAUAUAGGCGGCGAAUAUUUUUGCCCGAUGCGGCAAAAUAACUAGUUUCAGCACUACCACUAGGGUUGCCAUCUGUAAAAUCAACAAAAUCAAACAAGAAACUCGAAAAGACUAGGUCAUUUAUUUUAGUAAAAUUUGUAUAGCGAUGAUUGGCAUUGGCGAGGUAUUUGUUAAAGAUAUUGAUCGAUACUGAAGUGCCAUUUCUCUGGACCUAUCUCUAAAUUAAAUUAAAUCUAUUUGUUAUAGCAGAAAGAUCUUUAAGGCCCAAUGGCGUACUGACGGGGGGGGGGGGGGCGGAAGGGUCAGCCCGCCCCGGGCCUCUGUCCCUGAGAAAGGAUGGAAAAAAUGUUGAAACCUCCAAACGCAUACGUUUGUAGACUUCAACGUUUUCCUCAUCCGUAUCCAUGUUCUAUGUAUGUUUAUUUAGUCUAAUUUAAAUAUCACUUGCAAGAUUUUAACUAAAUAAAUAAAAAGGUUUCGACGUGGUACAAUCCACCAGACCAGUCUAGUCGUGACCACGAAACGUCGGCAACAAAGAAGCAGGUAUGUAUGUACUAUUUAUCUGUGAAUGCUUUUAAAUCGCGUUAAGUCCCCAUUGUGUAUAUAAUGUAGUUCAUAAGUAAAUAAUUCCGUGAAACUAUAAAAUUAAAAUAUUAAAUUAAGAGAUAGGUUUAGAGAAACGACUCCAUAGGAUCGUGCCCAUUGUAUCAUAAUAUAUGGUAUAUUGUCUGAUAUCAGUGAUCUAUGUAGUGUUUUCACUGAUUCACAUAUAGCUUUAAUUGAAUUUAUUUUAUGCAAUACUUUAAGAUUUUUCUUUAGGGCUUAAAAACUUUUUAUGAUUUUUUUUUUUUUUUUUACAUUGGAAAUAAUUACAAUUGGCUGGUAUAUUCAUAUGAAAAUUUUAAAUGAAUUAUAAAAAUGAGACACCAUUGGUAAAAAAUUUAACACGAAGACGUUUAAAAUUAUCAUUUUCAUGUUUCAUAAAAGAACUGUUUUUAAUUUGCUUAAUCGUCAGUUUUCAUAUAAAUUCGUUAUGUUAAAUUAUAUUUGCUGAUAUGUCAACCGACCGAUUUUGAGAAAAACUGUUAAUCGAUGAUGAUACUAAUUAUAGAUAGAUAGAUAGAUAUAUCGUUUAUUUGUUUGUUACUAAUCACACACAACAUGUACAUAAUUCUGAAACACGCAAGUGGUAAUUUUAAACCUACAAAAACUGCAGAGUUCACCAAGAAAAUUUAAUUCUAUACUCUCAACAGCUGUUUUAGACGCCCAGUAGCUCAAUUCACAUUUUUUUUUACUUCAUCUCAAAACAGAAAAUGGUAAUCGUUUUCUUCUUUACUUCAAUUUUUUUAAUUCUUUUUUUUUUUAUAAGAAUCGAGCUUGUGAAAGAACAUGUCUAUUGUUUUACUACUCUAAUAAAUACUCUGCACGUCGUGUUACGGCGAAAACGGAGUGUAAAGGAUCAACCCUUUGGUAUCUCCCCAAUUCGAUCGUCUCUAAAAAUUACACUAUGUAAUUCUUUUACACUAAAAACCAGCGAUAUGUGUCGGUCAUCAUCCGCGCCGUGCCACGACGUGCACACUGUAGGUGUCUCAUUGAAUUUGAUUUACUAUUUAUUAUUAUUUACUGUUAAAAUUGCAAUUCAUAAUAGUUUUGUAUAUUUCCAUUGUCUCGCCGCUAUAUGUAAAUACUGUUUUAGAUUGUGAUUCAUGUAUGUGUAAAAUAUAUUGUUGCGUUUUGUGCAACCGAA